AUGGAAACUUGUGUGGAAUGCAACUGCAGCACUCACCUGAAAGUUGCCACUCCACGGCUCCUUUCAACUCGCCGCUCGGAGUUCUGGUACCUGAACAAAACCACCCAAUUUUUUGGGUUGUUGCCCGGGGUAACCUCUGCUAAUUCACGCUCGCAGCGGGCCGAGCAUCAGCGCGGCACUGGGCACGGCCACGGGCUCGGCAGGCGCCGGGCAGCGCCUACAGCCGGUCAUUUGCUGCCCGACCGAGUGGUCGCAGCGCCUGCCCCGCAGGGAGGGACCCGCGCGGCCCCGGGCGGCCCGGCUCCCGCGGGGCACGGCGCUGCCCUCCAUCCUCCCCGCGGCCCCAGCCCCGCACCGCCGCGCCGGGUAAGUCGUGCCGGGCCCCGCAGCGGCCUCGGCAGCGGCACCUGCGGCCGGGCUGAGCCGAGGCGGCGGCGGUGCGGGCCGAGCGCCGCCACUGGGCUGCACGGCGACGCGCUGCUGCCACCUCUCGCUUGGCGUUCUCGCAGCUUCCCCAAACUCUGCUGCGAGCAGGAGGUUCACCUGGCUGAAGAUUCCGCUCCUCACCGACGGAUGGUUGCGGUCGCUACUCCUCCCUUAAUGUCACGGGAAGGCCGGAGGCUACGUCUUCCCGUGCCAGGAUGCCUUGUUUCAGGCCCGAGGUCGCUUUUUGGAGGACAGAAGGGUUUAUUUCCAUAUUUACUGGACCAUAUAGAUGACGAUUUCCUCCUUUCACAUCACGGUUUUGCAUGAGAGGGAUUUCAUCUUAAGAUGCCGCAAGAUUAAAAAAGCUUCUCAUUUUCCUAUCACUUUCCUCGCCUGAUUCUCCCUGCAUCACAUUUUCAAUGUUCCCUGAUACCAGGGAGGUCAGAGAAGGCACCAGGACCAAGCCCUGCUUAUGGAUAUGGAGAAAUGUAACAAAGGAAUUAAAUCAGAGUUUCAGUAUGACUUUUUACUGCUAUUGCUGCUGUCACAGAGGAAGAAUAAGGGGGAUCAGUGAGGCCUAAGAAUAUGAAAAGCAGUGGGAUCAACUGCUGGAAGAGAUUGCCCCAUCUACAGUAGGUGCUGUCUGCCAACUUCAUUCUCAGUGACUAAACGUCUUCUUCUGACAAGCCAAAAGCAUAGGUAGGUGGAAGAUGUUCACUCUUUUGGUCAGUCCCAGACUUCUCAGAUAUAGACAGUCUGUUUUCUCAGGCUUCUUAGGUCUGUACCUAGAAGUGGUGUAUCUAUCCUAAUCUUUGGUUAACUUCCCUGAGGGUUCGAGUUACAGGUUUGGUUUUUUUUUUUUUCCUUGAAAAAGAUGGAAAAUGAAAAGGUAAUUAUCAUAUCAAGGCAGAUAUUUUCUAGCCCAGGAACUGUAAAAUCAUCUUUGCCAUUUAUAUUUACCUGUUAUAUUUACAAAGGUUCUUGAGGCAUCCAAUUUCUAUUUGGUCAAACUAAUGGGAAAUAAAAAUUUCAGAAAAUAGAAAAAAGAAGUAGUAACAUGAAUAGAGUUGAAUGAAGUAAUAAAAUGUUCAGAUAAUCCUACAAAUGACCAUAUUAUAAAAAACAAUAGCAGUAACAAAUUUUUCAAAUGUAAGCUCAAGGGUUCCAUCUUGGAACAGCUGUUUGUGAGUGGUAGUUCUCCCAUCCUGCUAACUAAAAAUAUAUACUUUUCUUUGUGAAAAAUUUAUGUCAUGAGGGAAAGGAUGAAGUUAGCAGUGGAGGAACCCAAAGGAAAGUCUG